GUAACAUUGGACCGUCUCUCAGUGACCUGUAGUCAAAAGAGUAUUUGUGCAUUAAGCGGGUCCCAGGCGACACUGAGGUGCUCUUACUCCAGCAACAAAAUCAAAACUGUGUUCUGGUUCAGCGAGAAUCAAAGUACAAACUGGAGAAAAAACAAUGAACCUGAAGAUUUGACUUUAGACUCAGAUUACUCAGGACGGGUGGAGCAGAUCAUUGGUAAAUAUGAGACCAUUCAACUCACAAUAUCAGACGUGAGAGAGAGAGACUCUGGAGAAUAUCAGCUCAUGUUCAUGAAGGAUGGAGUUAAACAUCUCAGCUCAGCGGCCGUCAGUCUAACAGUCACAGUCCUGCAGGUGAGGAUGAAUCCUGCAUCUACAGACCAGACAGAUGAGACAGUAGAACUGAUCUGUGAUUCUUCCUGUGAUUUCACCUCUGAAGUUCACUAUUACUGGAUGAAGAAUGGACAGUAUUUCAAAAAUUCAAAGUCCCCCAACAUGUCUGUGUCAGUCAGCAGAGAUGCUGGCAGCUUUUCCUGUUCUGUUGACCCAAAGCUUAAACAUCCCUCCUCUUCUGUGUGCAUUUCUAAGAGUGGCUGCUGGGAUGUGACUUACACCUCUAGAAGAGUCUGUGCUUUGGUCGGCUCAACAGUAGACAUUUCCUGCACAUAUUCACUUCCCUCUGGUUAUACUGUAAAUAAAACAUUCUGGCAUUACCAAUCUGGGGGCUUCAAGGAUCUGCGUGAGGAGCAUCAGUUUGCUGGUCGUGUGGAGUAUGUGGAGAACAAACUGAGAAUCAAAGAGCUGAAGAUCAGAGACUCUGGAGAAUAUCGAUUCAGGAUCAUCACUAACAUGACAAAAGGCAAAUGCUCUGGAUCACCUGGAGUCAUUCUUACUGUUACAGGUACACAGAUUAAAAGAAGCCCAUUCUUUGUAUCAGAGGGACAGGAAGUGACAUUAAUCUGUUCAACUAAAUGCACUCUGAACUACAAACAUACUUACAUCUGGUACAAGAACGGACGACAGGUAACAGAUGGAUUCACUAAAGACAACAAGCUGUACCUGGACUCAGUCAGCAAUGAAGAGCUUCACCAGUAUUCCUGUGCUGUAGGAGACCCAACAAGUCCAGAGUCCAGCACAGCUUUACUGAGCACUGUAAUCAUACUGUCUGUAUUGCUGAUUCUUAUGCUCAUAGGAGUCGUGUGGUACAGGAGGAGAAAGAAUCAUUCAUCUCAACAACAUGAGGACAAUAAGGGGAGUGCACAGUCAGGUCCAGCUAUGUUGUAUGAUGAUACUGCAGCCUUGUCUACAGUCUGCACACAACAAGUUCACAUAAAGGAUCAGGACGUUCAUUAUUCAACUAUUAAUUUCAAGCAGUCUCACACAAAGAACACAGCUUCGGUUCCUACUGCUGUUCAUUCAACCAUAGAUGAUGUUCAUUAUGCUGCUGUGAAGUUCAGCUGAACCUUAGCUAAGCCCCAGCUUAAAAUACACCUAUACUCACCAAUCCAA